AUGGCGACAACAGAGCUACAGAAAUGGCUUGAGAGUGGUGGAGCUAAAGGAUACAAUUGGCUGCAACUAGAAGACUUCCCUGAUACUGGAAGAGGUCUUAAAACACUUCGGCCUCUUAAAUACAAUGACCUAGUUCUUACUAUACCAAGUACAUUCCUCUGGACAGUAGAUGGUGCACUUGAUGACCCUAUUCUUGGACCUGUGAUACAUCCAAUAAAGUCAUCAUUAUCAGUAGAAGAUACAUUAGCUGUGUUUCUUCUUUUUGUCAAAUCACGCAAAGAAGGAUACGAAGGAAGACGAUCACAUGUAGAAUUGCUACCAUCCAGCUAUACAACGAGUCUGUUCUUUGACGAUGACGAGCUUGAAAUCUGUUCUGGUUCUUCGCUUUAUCUCCUUACUCAACAAUUGAAGCAGCAAAUCAAAGAUGAUUACCUUCAGCUCUUCAAUAAUUUGUUUUCCAAGCAUCCUGAUAUUUUUCCUUUGGAAAAGUUUACCCAAAAUGAUUAUAUAUGGGCUCUUUGCACAGUCUGGAGUCGUGCUAUGGAUUUCCAGUUACCUGACAAACAAUUUCGUUGCAUUGUACCUUUUGCCGACUUGCUGAAUCACUCUUUUGACGUUCAACUUUGUCAUAUUUACGAUUCCAAGUCUGGUAACUUGCGAGUAGUGGCAGGAAAAGAUUACGCAAUAGGAGAACAAGUCUUUAUCAAUUAUGGUCCUGUUCCUAACAAUCGAUUCCUUCGCCUCUACGGAUUUGUCCUCCCUGACAACCCACACGACUCUUAUGAUCUUGUUCUUUCCACACAUCCGUUAGCACCAUUGUACGCUCAGAAAAUUUCCAUGCUUGAAUCGGCUGGUUUAAAAGCUGAUGCCUCCUUCCCUCUUAAACUCGAUGAUCCUCUUCCGUUGGAUGUGCUUCGCUAUUUACGGAUUCAACGUCUAACUCCUUCAGAAGUUCCUACAAUAAAGGUCAAUCACGGUGCCAGGAAUGUGGUAAGUGCUCGUAAUGAGGCAGAAAUUUUGGGGGCUUUGAUCGAAGCACUUGAGGGUCUGUUGGCUGAGUUUGGCAUUCCUCUUGAGGAACUUGAAUCAAGAAUUGCUUCUGGUAAAUAUCAAAAAGGUAGUAGCUCUUGGGCAGCAGCACACGUCAGUAUUGGAGAGCAGAGAGUUUUGAGGAUGUCGUUGCAGAAAGCAAAAGAUUUACUUAUGUUGGUUGUUUGUGCUCAAUGUGGAAAAGCGAACGACAACAAUAAGCGUUGUGGAAGAUGUAAAAGAGUGGUAUAUUGCGGGACUGCUUGUCAAAAAAGUCAUUAUAAGGAACACAAGGAUAUAUGCAAGACGUAUGUCGCUGAGGAGCAACAGUAA